AUGAAUGUCAACAUCUAUUCCCCCCAGCAACAUGAUACUGAUAUUGUUUUGUGGCAGUUUACUGAUGGUUGGGGAAAGCCUGACCCCUACCCCAUCCUGUGCUCUGGUUCAUCUUCUGGGAGUGAGGGAUGGUAUGCCUCAGCUGCUUCAUCCACUCAGCAAGGGCUACUACUGUCCUCCACAAAUGGCCCACUGUCAUCUGACUCUUCAACAAAUGGGGCACGAGGCUCUGACACCAAGCUGGAACCAGUAGAACUCUCCAAUAUGUCUGAAUCUGAUGGUUCCUCCAAUGAGUCAGAGAGUAGGGAGUUGACCCAAAAAUGGGCUUACAACCUCGAUGGUCAGAGGUAUCAGUGUCUGAAUCUGAAUGGAGACAUGGAGGGCUUUUUGCAUCUAACCCCCUUUGACUUUUGCAAGGUCGUCACAUUUGCACGAGUUCGAGGGCCUUUGGUAUUAAGAAAUGCCACUUUUGUCUUCUUAGGUUUAAGUCUCAAGAGAUUUCGUCUCAAAACAGGUUUUUAUUAUAAGUUUCUUUUAUUAACACAAAACACGACUUCAAUUGACUUUUAUGACUCCCUCUCCAACAUGCAUGCCAGCACCAUCAAAGGGCCGGUAGGUAUGAACUUUGGACAGGCAGAGAGGGAAGGAUUCCAAGAGGUCAUCACCCCCCUCUUCAGCCGUUACCUCAGAAAAUGCUACACUAAGUCGGAAUGUCAUGCCCAAGCCCUCCCUUCCUCCAACCCCGUUUUAUCCCGGCUCAUGGGCGACAAUGUCUCGGUGCACAGGGCCGAUUGGGACAUGGAUUCUGCUGCCUCCAGGUCGGAGGAUCCUGUCAUGCAUUUCCCUCCCAAUAAUGCAGCCCCUCUCAACUCUGAAUUGGGUGCACCACCUCCUUCUACCCAAGUACCUUUGCGCCCUGCUUCCCCACUCUCUACUCAUGGAUCUCCUCCACCCUCCCUGCGCAGAUCUCCUCCACCCUCCCUACGCAGAUCUCCUCCCUGCUCUCCGGAUCCUAUUUGUCCCAGUGACAUGCACAAAGGGGAGUCCAUUUCUGGCAAGAAAAGGAAGGCUUCAUUGUCGUCUGUUGUAGAUUCCGGUGCAGGGGGUGAGAAUGGCAGCUCUGGGGGGGCUAAAAAGAGGAAGGGCUUGACUUCUGCCAAGGGAAGUCGUGUAGGACGAGGAAGGAGGAUGUGGUCGACUGUCAAUGCUGGAGCUCAAGGCAGCAAGUCGGCGCCAUUGACAAAAACAUCGAUCUCGAUGUUGAAGUCCCCCACUGUGCCUGUUUCUGCCCAACCGCCCAUCGGUGGCUCCUCCGGACCCUUCCCUUCUUGGUUCACCUCCUACUUUUUGGCAUGGUGGGGCAGUCUUCUGCCGGCGACUGCAGGGGAGGAUUUGUCACCCAUCGCCAAGCCUGGAAUAAAUGGCCUUCUAAGCAUGAUGGCUGGCCUUUUUUUUGGGGGUGCUUCCUGUGGACCGACGUCGGCUUGGGCAGAAUGUCUUGAAGACGUCUCAGUGGCGUUAGCAAGCUUAGUUGUACCUCAAUGCUGUUGUGUUCUCUUGUUCUACAUCAAAUUUCAAAGCAGGCGGCUACAACUUGUGAACAACAAUAAACAAGUUGGGAUGAACAAGAUGAUGGCCAGGCACGCCAAGGAGGAAGCCAGGAACAAAGCCAAGAAGGCACACCAAAAAGACAAAGCCAGGCACAGGACUUGA